CUCGCGGGCCCCAGGGAGCGUGGCGCAGCGAGAAGGCAGGAAACAGCGAGCGGCUCAGCCGCGGCGGGGUCAGCGCCAGCACCUCAGCACCCCCCCUGCUGAGCCCCCCCCCCGCCCCUGUUCCGGGCAUCCUGCGGCGCCGGCUGGGGAAGGGCACCACGGAGCGGGGACGGGGACGCACGCGGUGGUUGGGAUCUGAACGUGGCCCCGUUCAGCCCAGAGCCGGGAUCUGGUCCCGCAGCCCGGCUGUGGUCACUGGUGGAGAUGCUCCGUGCCCCAGCCUGUCCCCAAGCUGGACUUCGUGUCCCCUCCGGGCUCACCGCUCUGCCCAGGGGACCCCAAACCUGCAGCGGGACAGGAGAGGUGGCUGCAGACCCUCACCCCCAUGGCACAGGAUGGCAAAGCCCCUGAGGGCCCAUCCUGCACGUGCUUGGCAUCCUCAGCAGCCCUGCGGAUCGGUGCUGACGCAGGCAACGGGGUCGAGGCCACCUUCAAUGCUCUCCGUGGGCCAGAGCACCCACCCUGGCCUCUGGGCUCCCAGCACCGUCCCUCAGCAUCCCUCAGCCGGCCGCAUCCUUCCCCCAACUGGCUGGAGCACCGGUCCCUGCGUGCUGCAGCUCCCGGCAGCGACACGAGCACCGGCGGGGGGGGUUCCUCCUCCAUCCCCCCCUGGCUGCACCCACCCUCACCCAUUCCACCCACCCCAGCACCCUCCGGUGCCCGCGGCCGUCGCCGCACGGAGCCGAUUUCCUCGCGUGCGGGGUGAGGCUGGGGAGUGGGUCCCAGGGGAGAGCCGAUCCCCAGCAUCGGCACCGGGGGGGGGGGAGCGUGGGGGGGGAGCGGCUGCGCUUCGCCCCCCGUCUGUCAGCAGCCGGGAACAAUAGCCCUCCUGCAAACAGAAGCUGCACUGUGAUAACCCGGCAAGUCCGAGGCAUCCGGAGAGGCAGGAAGGAGCCCAGCAGAAGGAAAUAUUAAAUAGAGCGAUAUAAACACGGCCCGGUGAGCAAGCUCCACCCCGGCGCGGCCCCAUUGAAAGGGGCUGCCGUGGGGUGGGGUGAGCAGAGCAAGGGGGAGCAUGGAGAAGAGCAGCUACGCCAUGGCCAAGUUCGGCUUGGAGGCCAAGGAGGCGAUGCCCAAGCGGGACUGCGGCUUCUACAUGAAGUACGUCUUCCUCUUCACGUCCCUCAUCCAGUUCCUCAUCAUCCUGGGGCUGGUGCUCUUCAUGGUGUACGGCAACGCGCACGCGGGCACCGACACGCACCUCCGGCUGCUGGAGGAGCAGAUGCAGGACCGCUACAACAAGAUCAUCACCCUCAGCGGGAGGAACGCCAACCUGACCCGCACCCUCAACAACACCCUGAAGGAGAAGCAGGGGCUGCAGGGCACGCUGCAGAAGGUGCAGCGCGAGCUGGACAAGUGCAACAGCAGCCAGCUCCCCAACGCCACCCCCAAGCUGCAGGAAAUGAUGAGGAUCAUGAUCUACCAGAAGAUGAUGCUGGAGGAUUACCACAUGACCAUCAACCUCAUCAAUGCCAACUGCAGCGCCGAAAAGGCGCAGCUGCGGAGCCAGCUGGACAAGACGGCCCUGGCGAGGAAGGAGCUGGAGGACAACUGCGCCAAGACGAGCACGGCGCUGGCCAAGGCCAGCCAGGAGCGCGAGGGCUGCCAGCAGGAGCUGCUCAGCACCCAGACCCUGUGCGACUCCACCAAGUCCCACCUGGAGCUGCUGAAGCGCGAGUGCAGCAUUCUGCGCCCGGACAUCAGCAUCUCCCUCCAGCGCAUCAGGGAGACGAUAAGCCCCUACGGCUGCAGCUCCGCGCACGAGGAGCUCAGGAGGCUGACGCAGCGCACCGAGGGGCUCUUCCUCCAGCAGCAGGAGCGCGACACCAUGUACAGGGAGAAGAGCGCCUGCGACGUGAACCUGCUGCAGUGCCGCUUCAACUGCUCCCGGGAGAAGCAGGAGCUGGAGAAGCGGCUGCAGGAGGCCGACAAGCAGCUGAAGGGCGGCCAGGAGGAGAAGAAGAAGCUGCUGGCGGAGAAGGAGCAGCUCAGCAAGGAGGUGGGGGAGAAGAGCAAAGCCGCCGUGCAAGCCAACUACUUGAAGCAGCGGCUCAGCAUCUGCGAGGGCUCCAAGCUGGACACCUUCGACAUCACAGGCUCGUGGGUGCCGGGGACCCUGGGGGGCAGCGUGCGGCCGGGGCCCUUCGCCAGCCCCAGCUCCUACGCAGAUCCUCUGAGGAACCUGGGCAUCUUCGGCAGCGCGGGCAAAAACAGCAUGGAGGAGAUGCAGCGGUUGGUGCAGAAGAUGAUGGAGCAGUACAUGGCCACGCUGAAGAACCCCAGCGGCUAGCGGCUGAGCAGCGCAGGGUGAGCCGCAGCGAGGGGCUCAAGGACAGGAGCAGGACAAGCCUGGAGCGGCAUUUCCCACAGCACCGAUGGAAAACUCCAACCAGGAGCGAGCGGGGACCGGGGCCGCAUCCCCCUUCUCCCCUUCCCCACCCUCCCCAAGCCCCCACCUCCCCGCACGCUCGGCUCACACGUGCGUGCACGCAGCGCGGUCGGCAGCUGGAAAUACAGGCAGCGCUCAGCACCGCUCAGCACCGCCA